UGCACCUGCUCAUAGUUAGGUAACUGCACUUUUUUGGAUGAUGCUCCCCCUAGACAUUCACGCCGAUGACAUCUUCAAUUUGUAUGACGAUCUGACUGACUUUAGGAAGAAGAAGCCUCCUCUCCUCCCCCUCCUCCUCCUCCUUUUUUUCCUCUCUGUCUCUCCAUCUACCCCUCUCUCUCUCUCCUCCCCCUCUCUCCUUCUUUCCCUCUGUGUUUUUCUCCAGAGACUUCCAGUUUUUGAACACCACACUGUUCUUACCUACUGGCCCUCCACCCCACACACACGAAAAGAGAGAAGCACAGAAGCCAUGUCCCCUCUGCGUGUACCCUUAUUGGCCAUACUGGUCAGUAUGGCCCUGUGCCAGUAUUAUGACUAUGACUACCAGCCCGUUUCCAUGCUAGGACCAUCAGGGCCCAACUGUAAUCAAGAAUGCGAGUGCCCAAUCAACUUCCCCUCCGCCAUGUAUUGUGACAGCCGCAAGCUCAAGUUUUUUCCCAUAGUCCCAACAGGGAUCAAGUACCUGUACCUCCAGAACAACCAGAUUGAAGAGAUCAAGGCAGGAGUGUUUGAUAAUGUUACUGCUGAACUUCGCUGGCUUGUACUUGACAACAACCAGAUCACCAAUGCUAAGAUAGCAAAGGGAACAAUCGACAAACUCACUGCCCUGGAGAAGCUAUUCUUCAGCCAUAACAACCUCACAGAGCCAGUCAUCCCUCCUUCAAAGUCCCUUGAUGAGCUGAAGAUAAUGUACAAUAAGUUGUCCAAGUUCCCCUCUGGACUCUUGAAUGACAAAGAAAAUUUGACCUCCAUCAACCUUCAGCACAAUCAGCUAACCUCUGAUGCCAUCACAGGGGCAUUCAAAGGGCCGAAGAAGCUGAUGUCCCUGGAUGUGAGCCACAAUAAGCUGAAGAAGCUGCCGGCCGGUGUCCCCAGUUCACUGGAAAUCCUCUAUGCUGACUACAACGACAUUGAUGGCGUUGGAGCCGGAUAUCUGAACAAGCUGCCCUCGCUGCAGUACCUAAGGCUCUCCCACAACAAGCUGGUGGACAGCGGCAUCCCUGCUGGUGUGUUCAAUGUGACAUCACUGGUGGAGCUGGACCUGUCCUUCAACAAGCUGCAGUCCAUCCCUGAGAUCAACGUGCAGCUGGAGCAACUCUACCUCCAGGCCAAUGAGAUCACCAAGAUUGACCUGUCAAGUUUCUGCAAGUACAUUGAUCCCGUGAACUUUUCCCGUCUGAAGCAUCUGCGUCUGGACGCCAACAAUGUCUCACAUAGCAACAUGCCCCCUGACGCCUCCAACUGCCUGCGCCAAGCUUCAGAUAUCAUGUUCGAAUAAGGACCUCCCUCAGAUCUAUGACAUCCUGAACCCCCCCCAACCCCCCGCCCCCGCCCCCCUACUAGCAUGACAAAGCUCAGCUGAAAGCCUUGUGGAUUUCAAUGUCAUACUAUCCCACAUUUUGAAAUACUGACAUGUCCUUGCUUCUGACAACUAGUAUUAUGCAAAUCUGGGGUAUUGUAAUGGCAUCUUCAUCAUUUGUAUAUAUAUCUUAACUCAAUCUAAAGCUGGGUGAAUUUAAGAUACAAUACAUACAUCUGAACAUACACAUCUUGUUAAAUUCAUAAUCUUUGUAUUUGUAGAUCUGAAUGAAUAUUCUAAUUGUUGAAAACAUGAAAACAUUAGGCAAAAAAGAGGGGGGGAAAUAUGAAAUUACAAUAGACAAUGUAUAAAGUAAAUUACCAAAAGUUCUAUGAAUAGAAAUUAAUUCAUGUGCUUUGAUUAAAAACACACACUUUAAACAUUCCAAACUUGUAUUUGAUUAUAUUGAACACAGACAUAAUGGAGUAAACAAUGGUUAAAAGUUCUUCAGUGUCUCAGUUCACUUGUCGUGCCCUUUUGUUGUCUGUCUUCUAUGUUACAGUGUUUAGCAUGUAUGAUAUACAAUGAUUAAUCCAUUGCUGUGCAAAGGACCAGCGAAUGAGGAUUGCAUACUCAGUGUGUAAUGCCUAUGUGAGAAAUUAUGAUCAAACUGUAAAAUAGCAGUUACAUUGCAGUGAAAUUUUCAGUAUUUUUUUUUAAGGAGAAUACCAGUCUUUAUAACUUGUGUCUGUCUUUUCUUACCCACCAGUGGUGAAGUUAGAAAUGUCCAUUUGAGAAAUAACUUCCCCAAACUAAAGCAGGAUUUACAUAUUUCUGCAGGCUUUGGCAUUAGAAAGUACAAUAAAUGACACAAGUACAGAAGACACUGGCAUUAUCCUCAAAAGUAAAUACUUCUCAUACUGAACUUCUCCUUCUUUUUCAGAAAUCACAAGUUAAAUUGUUUCUUCACGUUGCUUAAUGCCCAGCUGUCCACUGUCAUGCACAUUGCUGAUUUGUAUACAACAUUUGCAUUACUUGCAUGCAUCCAAUGGUACCAUUCUUUGAUAAUAAACUACAGCUUUUGCAGUUAAGGUCCUCUCAUUGUUACGUUGUUGUUUACCAUAAUUGAUAAAUGCUUUUUAACAAUACAAAGUCAACUUGGCAGUGCAGUCGUGUUGAUUGAAGUUAUUUUAUUAGAAUAUCACAUUCUGUCUAGGUUUAAUUUGUCUUUUUAUUGUGAUUUCUUAUGUGGCCUUUGACUCAGUAACUGCUCUUGGAUUUACUGUGUGGAAACCAAACACAGUUGAAUAAACUAUGUUUCCAAAA